AUGUAUCCCUCCCCGUCCCCUUCUCCGGCCCCCUCGCCUCCAGCAUACCUCUACCUCAACCACCACCACCAUCAAUCCGCUAGCCAUGGCGGUGGUCCUCUCCCAGGUGCUGGUGGCCAGGGCUCAGCCCAGAACCAUAACAACUACAACCCCUCUUUCACUCCUCUAGGCAGGUUUCCUAUCCCUUCCGCUGCAUGGCCCCAACGUGCCCAUCAGCAUCAUCCUCACUCGCAUCAGCAGAGCUCCUCCCUUUCCUCCUUGCCUGCAUCCCUUGCUCACUCGAGCGCUGCCUCCAUCUCCGCUGGAGGCCCCUCUUCGCCAGCCUAUGCAAAUCUCGCUGCCCACCACCAUCAUCACCAUCCCGCUCACGGCCCAUCCGCUCUCUCCCACAUCUCCUCCCCGGCAGCCAUGCAUUCGGCACACAUGUCCAACUCUUCCGCAAGGUCCGAUCCAGCGGUAGCAGCUUCAGGCUCGCCUCACUGGCAGCAGCAGAUUCUCAAAGCAGAGAUCUCACGUCAGUCCGCCUCUCCGCACCAUCAUGCGCGUGCGGCUGCACUAGCCGCCCGUUCCGCCACCAACUCUGCCAUCGCUAUUCAAGAUCCUAACAAAGCUAUCAUGCCUCCACAGGUCGCUGCCAAUGGUCUCUUUGUCGGCAAGAAGGAUUCCAGCACCGCCAAUGGCGGAGGAGGUGACCAGGACAAGGGUAGUGGUGCCGAUCCAGCAUCAGCCACCUCCAACGCUGGCUCGGCAUCCAGCAACGGUGCGAUCAAGGAAAAGCAGACCUGGUCCACUAUCGACAUGGGUGGCCUAGCCUUGAAGAACAUCGCCAACGAGGUCUACCGCUAUUCCUUCCUAACCUCGCUCUUUAUCAAUCACAACUCGCUCACAAGCAUCUCGCCCGACAUUGUCAAGCUGCGUCACCUUACUGUCCUCGAUGCAUCUGGCAACAAGCUCAACUCGGUACCACCCGAGCUCGGCAUGCUCACAAGUCUGCGAGAGCUCUUCCUCUUUGAUAACAACCUUGCUACGCUGCCACCUGAGCUCGGCACACUCCACCAGCUCGAGAUGCUUGGUAUCGAGGGCAACCCGUUGCAAGAGAACCUCCGCACGCUCUUCCAGCGAGAAGGCACUAGUGCAGUCAUUGCAUACCUCCGCGAUUCCUGCCCUGUGCCAUUGCCACCACCAGAGCGAGAAUGGAUCAUGAUCGACCCUGACCUACCCGACCUCGACGCAGACAAGGACGGCCCAGAAGCACCCCAGGAAACGUUCAACGUGCUCAGCUACAACAUCCUCUGCGACAAGUACGCAACAGCACAGAUGUACGGCUACACCCCCUCCUGGGCUUUGACAUGGGACUACCGCAAAGAGUUCAUCUUGCAAGAGGUCAUGUCCUACAGUGCCGACAUCUGCUGUCUGCAGGAGAUCGACAUGGAGCAGUUCGAGGACUACUUCCUCCACCAUCUCUCUCAACACGACUACCAAGGUGUCUUCUAUCCCAAGUCGCGAGCACGUACCAUGCGCGACGAAGAGAAGCGACGUGUCGACGGAUGUGCCAUCUUCUACAAGACCGACAAGUACCAGCUCAUCGAGAAGCAAUUGGUCGAGUUCAACCAGAUUGCACUCCAGCGGCCCGACUUGAAAAAGUCGGAGGAUAUGUACAACCGUGUCAUGACCAAGGACAACAUUGCCGUCAUUGCUUUGCUCGAAAGCAAGCUCUCUGGCUCCCGAGUCGUUGUCGCCAACGUUCACACCCACUGGGAUCCUCAAUUCCGUGACGUCAAGCUUGUACAAGUUGCUAUGCUCAUGGACCAAGUCGAGAAAGCAGGCAACCGUUUCGCAAAACUUCCUCCCAAGCUCACCGUCGGAGAUGGAUACCCACCCGCACCCAAGUACACGCACGGCAACCAGAUCCCCACCAUCGUCUGUGGUGACUUUAACAGCGUCCCCGAGACGGGUGUCUAUCACUUUUUGGCCAACGGUGCUGUACCGGGAGAUCAUGAGGACUUUAUGGAUCACGUCUACGGCAACUACACAGCGCAGGGUCUGCAGCACAGUUACAAGCUCGAGUCGUCCUACGCACCCGUCGGCGAACUCAGCUUCACCAACUACACUCCAGGUUACGAAGGUGGCAUCGACUACAUCUUCUAUACCAAGAACACGCUCAAUGUGACCGGAGUGUUGGGCGAGAUCGACAAGCAGUACCUUUCCAAGGUCGUCGGUUUCCCAAACGCCCACUUUCCAAGUGAUCACAUUUGCAUUAUGAGCGAGUUCAAGGUGAAACCUCCUGACCUUGCUCAAUCCCAGUCGACGGGUAGGCAAGUGCACCAUCCUACUUCUUCAUCGGUUGGAAGGAGGUAG